UGAUCAUCUAUUCUUAAUGCCCUAUCGUUGAACAGAAAUGUAUCUAGCUGCUUUGUCGACGCUUAGUGCGAGGAUGUUUUCAGCAUGAUGAUAUAGCCAUUCAACUUGUCGUUGUUUUGGUUUGGCAGGACUUCACCAAUCAAAGUGGUUAUCUUUGCACCAUUUUUCACCACAGCAUGGCGCGUGUCAAAUUCGUUCCACCACGCCAUGACGAGGCUCCUGCUUCAGAAGUUGAGCUAGCCCACCAUAACACUGAAGAUGAACAAAAGAUCAAAUGCAAGGGAAAGGGUGAGAUGAUACACCAAGAAGGGGCGAGUUUAGGGAGUAUCUCUGCAAACAGCCAGGCACCAACUCCACCAACUACCUCAGUAACUCAAGAAGCAACAAUCCAGCGUCCAUCUCAGAACCAGGAGACUAGACUCGGUGCUCUUGGAUCUGCCGUUGUUGGACUACAAAUCGGCUCAGUCGCGAAUUAUAGUUCCUCUACCCAUGUAGCUUCUGCUCCUGCAUCUUCUUCUGCGUCUGUUUCCCAAAGGAACGCCAAUACGACUAAUGCGAAUACUCAUGCAGUCUCUAAACCCAGAGGUCGCCCUAAAGCUGCUAGAAGCUCUUCUCAAAUCCUUUUCAUACCCCAAGGAGGACCUCGCGUACAGCAGGGGAACAACAAAAGAAAGCGACAAACUACUGUCAACUUACUAAACGACGCUGCACAAGCAGAGUCUAAUUCAGCACCUCUUAGAAAGCGUGCUAGAGGCAAUAAAGCUGCUACUAGGGCCUUGUCUAUCUCUGAGACGCCGUCAUCAAGCACCAAAACUUCAAACUUCAAUAUCUUCGAAGCAAUCAUCAAACAUCCGCAUAUCGUCUUUCACUUUGCCGACUUUCUCGAAGUUGAAGAUUUGAUUACCAUCUACACUAUGGCAAAGGGCUUUCACCAUGUUAUCAAUACAGGUCUAACAACAGUGAUAGUUGCGCAGGCAAUGAGACACGCCCCAGCAUCUGCAAAAAUAUUCCCCUUUCGAUGCUACAACAGGCUUUGCAUCUCGGAUCCUCGUGUCGAAAUCGACCAGUCCCGGGGUCAGUCUCGCCUGGUACCCUCGUUUCGAUGGCUUCGCAUGGUAUGCUGGCGUGAGAAAGUGGUAAGGGGGGUAAUGAACAGUUUGACAAACGAAGGUCUCUAUCUGCCAUGGCAGUGCGAAGACGCUAUCAAGAAACUAUGGUUUCUCAUGGACAUUGCGGAUAACCGACGUCGUCUGGGAACUAUCCAGAACACUAAAUUAUGGACGACUACUGAUCUGUUCUACGCAGUCAUGUUUCUGAUCAGGAUUGACAUGCGCUUCACUGAGCCCACAGCAGCACGGUCUCUAGGGGGUCUGAGGCGUUUGCUCAUAGCUCAACCAAGCAUGAGCGUACUGCACCGUACCCUCGAACGCACCGCUUUCACCACGCACUACGAAGUUAUUCAAGCUUACCUUCGUUGGCAACACGAGCCUCGCGACAACACCAAUAGGCCUGUUUACGGAGUUCCGCGGGCUGAAAUUGGAAGAAUGCAGUAUGAGGGGUAUGGUUCUAUGGGGAAUCAGGUCAAACUCCAGCGCCCCGACGAGCUGGUGUUGAAGGAGUGCAUACGCAGAGAUAUAGAAAUUGCCGAAGCUGUUUUUGACAUCAUAGCUUGGCCGGCUUAUAAGAAGGAGCGUAGUAGAUCCUUCUUUGCUUAGGGUGUCCUGGAUCGUGCUCAAGUGUAGAAAUGAGGGUGGCCGUCAUGCUUUUCGUUCGUUUUUUUGGUCUUGGUGAAGAAUGAUGUAUUUAUUCAAUCAAUUCCAAUUGGUUUGAAGGCUCUUUUCUUGUAUUUAUGUUAAUGGCUUUAUGAUUCCAGGUGGGUUUAAACAUCAAUUCGUCAGUCUCUAGCCUGCCGUACACCAAUCAAGA